AUGGCUGAUCAACCACAGCCAUACAAGAUCUCCAUUUCCGAUGACAGCCUCAAGGACCUUCAGCAACGUCUGGCACUUGCUAAACUGCCAAGCCAGCUGGAAUCGUCAGAUGGAGAUCCUUGGAGCGCUGGAACUCCUGUCAAUGAGAUGCAACGUUUGGUUGAAUACUGGAAGAAUGGCUUUGACUGGCGCAAGGCAGAGGCCAAGUUGAACGAACUGCCCCAGUAUCGAACGCAAAUCGAUGUCGAGGGGUUUGGUAGCUUAGACAUUCACUAUUCUCAUCCUGCAGAUGUCCAUCAAAUCAGCCCAAGCAGGAACGCGAUCCCGCUGCUAUUCAGUCAUGGAUGGCCAGGAUCAUUCAUUGAGGUUUCCAAGCUUCUCCCGUUGUUGAACGGAGAUGAAACUAACCCCGCAUUCAAUGUGGUGGCACCAUCUUUGCCCAACUUUGGCUUCUCGUCAGGAGUGACUCGCCGCGGGUUUGGACUGGCGCAGUAUGCUGAAGUUCUACACAAGCUCAUGAUAAAGCUUGGCUAUGAUCAGUAUGUAACUCAAGGAGGAGACUGGGGAUUCUGGAUCACAAGAGCUAUAGGCCUCCUUUAUCCAGAGCACUGCAAAGCCUCUCAUAUCAACAUGGUGCUAGCCAAGCCCCCUCGAUUCACAGAUAACCCAUGGCUAGCUCUGCGGCACUCACUGCUACCAUACAGUGAACGCGAGACCAAAGGAUUCGAACGAUCUGCAUGGUUCGACCGGUCAGGAUUUGGAUACAAUCUCCUGCAAAGGACCAAGCCGCAGACAAUUGGUGCCGCGCUCGAAGAUAGUCCCGUUGCUCUACUAUCCUGGAUCUACGAGAAACUUCAUGACUGGACAGAUUCAUACCCAUGGACGGAUGAUGAAAUCUUAACUUGGAUUUCGAUCUAUUGGUUCUCGAAUGCGGGUCCGGCCGCUAGUGUUCGCAUUUACUAUGAGACUAUGCAUACUGGGUGGGCUAACGGCGGUUCAUAUGAGAAAUUGAUUGAAUCUAUUCCGCAUGUGAAGCUGGGUAUUGCCCACCUUCCACGGGAGAUCUCCGUUGUGCCACUGACUUGGGCUGCUGGGUUGGGGUCGGUUGUUCUACAGAGUGAGCAUGCCGAUGGUGGUCAUUUUGCUGCUUGGGAGGUUCCUAAAGCCAUCGUUCAGGACUUGCGGGCUAUGUUCCGCAAAGAUGGUCCAUGUUAUCGAGUUGUUGCAGGACAAGAUGGCUAUUAG